AUGACUCGCUAUCGCUCACGCAUGGAAACCAUUCCAGAAUUUCCAGAACUCCAAAAUCUAGCUCUCCAGAUGACUGAGAAUUGGAAGUCCAUUCCGGACUGGGAGCCUGACUGGAAGAAAAUGCGUGGACAAGGACCAGCUCCCGAGUCCAAGAGCCCUGUUGAGGUCUGCGUACAUGGCUUGACUGCGAAGUUCUUCCUGGAUCUUCCCGAUGAUAGAAUCAUCCCUAGUUACUAUCUGAAGAAAGCUGAGAGAACUGUCAUUGUUCAGCGUACACCUUGGUGCUUUCGCAAUGCUGACGAUGCCCGCGACGUGGACAUAAACAAAUGGUCUCCAGUCGACAUCCACUUUCGAAGCGUCUUCAUGACCCUCAGAAAACUUCCCGAGUUCGGCUCUCUUUACGACGAAGAUGAAGACGAGGACGAGGGGUACGGUACGACGGACGCGGGGGGAAGCAAGUCCAAGUUCGAUGAGAUGGUCAAACUUCAGGGACAAGUCGUGUAUGCUCUUCUGCAAGGGAUCUUGGAAGCGUUCAAAAUCACCAGAGAGACGGACGACAGCGACUCCUACUUCUUUUUCCGGACGAGGCUGCUCAACUGCCAGCUAGAAUAUUGGGUCGGAUACAGCGAGAGAUACAAAGAUGGUCCUCUCACAGCUGGACUGGUCGGCUUGGAUCACCAUCCUGACAAGAAGGUCUGCCCUACAGUUCUGCCUGUGUCUGCGUCUUUGGAAAACAUAUCUCUCAGAUCGGCCCUCGAGGACAAGCUCAAGCUCAUGCUUGGCCAGCUCCUUCUUAACAUCUCCCGUCUGCGGCCCCAUGGGGAUCAGAUCCCGGACCAGGAGGUUUAUCUGAUUGGCAUCCACGGCUCCAGGCUGCAUAUCCUCCGUGCCAUCUUCCUCGGUCAGAAAACGUCCCAUCUGUGGAGCGGAAGACAUAACCGUUCCUCCUCAGACGCCGAUGUGAUAGACCCCAAUCCGAGCACUGCCUACGAUCGAUUCUACACUGGAAAGUACCUGGAACGACUUCGCCAACAGGUGGAGUGGCUUAGCGCGAAGAAUCUGGACAAUGAUCCAAAUCCACGUAAUCUUCGAGUCUUGGGCAGCCGCGAAUUUGACCUCUGGCGCAAGCAAGAUUUUCGAGUCGCCGUCAAGAUGAUCGUGGCUCUGUUCAUCUACAUGAUGAGCGGGCGGGCUCGUUGCGGCGUUCUGCAGAAGGCGUUCCAGAAUUACCCUAUUGAUGAAGGAUCAGACGAUGAGUUGGAGGAGGUACAUGACACUCGCAUAAGGGUGGCGAUUGAGGAAGAGGAGCUAGCAAAGAAGGAGAAGGAGUUGGAAGAGACUGAAAGGAAGAAGUGUGAGGAGGAACAGAACAAGGCCAAAACAAAGGGAAAGAGGCGAAGCUCCAUCCAUGAUCGCUUUCGAGGAUUCAAAGGUUGGCGGAAGCCGUGCGAAGACUUUGCGUGGCAGGAGGAGGAGAAAGCUAACUCAUUGGAGGACGACGACUUGUAG